AUGAGCUGUCAGAUCAUCGCCGUGGGGAUCACGGUGGAGGAAAAGGAGAUGGUCGUGGAAGAGGCCCAGGUGGUCGAAGCCGCAGCCGCGAUGGCCGUGGCCGUGGCGAUGGCCGCCGUGAUGGCCGCGAUGGUCGUGGGGAUGGCCGCGAUGGUCGUGGAGAUGCACGGCGAUGACUGGGCGAGCAGGCUUGGCAAAGACGGCGGACCAAGAAUGAACAGAGUAAAUGCAAAGGCUCCUAAAGCAAAGACCAUCGGGGUGGGCCAGCUUCUUGAAUCAGAGUACUGCAAAUGUGUGUCGAUCCAGAUGAAGCCUGUCUUUGGGCCCAUCCUCUUGCAGCAGCCCGAUGGAAGCUUGUUGCAGGGACAGCCGUGGGGUCAUGUGGCAUCGCCAGCACCGUCCACUCCUUCCGAUGUGGAGCAGACGCAGGAGGCCAUCCGAGCUUUCGAGGCCGUGCAGAUCGCGGAGCAUGCGAUGAACACAUCCAGGAAAGUCUUGAUUUGCAUCCUGCUCGCCAGCAUUUUUGUGGAGAUAUCUCUAGAAGCUGGUGCGCAAACAAUGCAUCUGGGCUUGAGCAUCCAGAAGCUCUAUCCCAAGGCGGCCUUGCUACUCAAUAUCCUCUAUGGGUUGCUCUACUACUUCCUUGGCUUCCAGGCCAUCUAUUUUGGCCGCGGAGGAAUGUUCUAUCGAACCAACAGUCGUAUAAGCCAGGGAGCCCACUUGCAACGGCUGCAGCGUGCCUUGCGCCGCUUGGCCUUCGUGGCCUUAAUGGGGGCGAUGCUGCAACCCAUGUUGUCGCGCAUGGCCGGGCGGUCGUCCAUUACCUUGAGCUUUUUGCGAGUGGCGACCUUCUCACAGGCCUGGAAUGAAAGAAGUUCCAGUGAAACAAGUUCUUGACAGAUUCUUGAGGCAAAAGCCUGCCUGACAGAUGCUGACAAUGCUGCAGCAGCUUCCAGAGCACUUGCAUCUCAGCUAGCUGAGUGAGGCGUUCGAGCUGGCCAGUGCUUGCCGGAGCAAGUGAAGGUGGUGAAGAUGGAUGCUCAGAGUGGGCCAUGGCCCGCAAUGGUUGCUGCUACGCAAAGCGCGGAUUGGUCAACACCAAGUGCUCAAGAAUGGUGAUGAGCCAUCGAUGAGGUUCACGAGUGCUGACGAUGACAAAUACAUGCGGCUCUCCACAAGAAUGGCACGCUACGAAUCGAAACUGCUGUAACAGACAUUCGAAAGGACAAAGGCUUAGAGAGGUUGGAACAGAUGCUGUUCAUGGUGAGGGACUUUUCAACGCACAGGCAAAAUGUCGACGUGGAGCAUGGACAAAGCAGAAGGCAAUUUGCCUUAAUUGCAACAGAGGAUAUCUGCCCUGACAUGGAGCCGCUGGAGCAAAAGUUGCUGAGGCUAAGCCCGCAAGGCAUGCGCAUCAGUCAAAGUGGGUCAUGACGGCCAGGGUGGAUCUACAAAAUACCACUGUCAAGGCCCAAAGAUGGCAAAUUGCGAUGAGAAAAUAUUCCAAAUUGCCAUCGUUGAUGCUUUUCGGUUGAACGGGAACAAUUGUUUUGGUGCGCAAGCCAGAGACUCACGACCUCGCA